AUGUUAGUUGCUUGUCUUGCUAUGUUUAUGAAACCAUUUAACGCUUCUAAAUAUGAAGGCGUUAAUUUUUAUCAGAUGAUUGGUCUUGAUACUUCUGCAUCUCAGAAGGAAAUCAAGAAAUCCUAUAAUAGAUUUUUAAAACAAAAGAAAAACUUCGUAAAUCCAAGCCAAACAACACUCGACAUAUGGGAGAAAACCGAAGAAGCAUAUGCAAUUCUUGGAAAUAACUACUCUCGCGCGUUAUAUGACUUAUUUGGAAUGGACUUCCUUGAUUCUACAGAUUUCCAAGUUGCUGGAUAUCAGAGUGAUGAAGCUAUCGAAGCUCUCGUUAAAAUGAUCGGAAAAUACCCAGAGGAAUUAACAAAUUAUGGCGGUAUGGCUUUUUACCCAGUAGAAUUCACAUUAGAGGAUUUUAUGUUCGGAGCCAAGCGAAAUGUUACCGCUGUGCAUACUGUUGACUGCGAAUGUCCUGACGGAACAGUUGCAUGCACGAAAUGUCAGAAGCAACCAGUUAUGGAAAUCAUUGAGAAGACAGAAAUUGUUCUUCCCAAAGGCGCCUACGAAUAUCAUCGCAUAAUUGGACGAGGCUUAGGCGAUGCUGUAAGUCUUAGAGCCGCAUCUGAUAUUAUUUUUGUAGCAACAUCAACAAAACAUGAUAGAUUCGAGAGGAAAGGUCGCGAUCUUUAUACAACAAUUAACGUUACUCUUUCUGAAGUUAUCAGAGAAGAUGAUAAAAUAAUCAAGGGGUUGGAUGGUACAGACGUUAAAAUACCACUUAAAAAUAUACAAAACCUGAUGGAAAUGAGAAUUCCAGGUCAAGGAUUGCCAGAUUAUUUUAAUAAAAAUCAGAGGGGCGAUUUGAUAGUAAAAUUCAACUUAAUGAUACCAGAAACGCUUACAGACGACCAAAAGUCGCAAUUACAGAACCUUCUUCCUACAGAUGAAGCUUCAUACUUAUAA